GCUUGACGGUAUGAACCGUCAUAGUGACAACUGCCAAAUUUUUUUAGUCGAAAAUUCGAAGCCAAAUUAAAUGAGCUAAAUUUGCAAUGUGGUUCGUCUCGCAAAUCCAAAACGCAAUGUCCGUCCCGGAACCCGGAGAAGACGCCUUUAUGGAGAUUGUCAGCAGUAUGGUAGAUGAGGAAACCGAUUCGUCUGGCACGAGAAACGUUCGCCUGAAAGUGCCGGAACCCAAAAUGGAAAACUGCUGGUACAGUACCGAAUGUCUAGAGCUUCAACCGCCCAAAUCUGCGAAAAGGCCUAGUCAUUUUGAGACCCUGGUGUCGGUUCCUAAAGAAGAGAAACCCAAGGCGCCGAUUCCGGAGAAGGUGGAACCCGUAAGCGUCGAUUUAGUAGAGCCGCCUCGGGUGUGCGCGAAAAUUUCGUGCACCGCAUACAACCUUUCGAAACAAGGAGACGGAGAUGGCGUGGGCAAGCUGGAAACGCAGGCGAAAUCUUCGAUGUCUUUUACCGCGCUGAAAUCGUUGCGUGAGACCGCAUGCAACGAGUGCGAUCCUUCUGAGGUUGAGGAUGAAAAUUGCGUCAAAUGCGACUCACUUCCGAAUUUAGAGCCGGUGGGAUCUAAUAAAACGGACUCUCUUCCAAUGAAAGAGAGCAGCUCGAAGAUUGUGAAACUUAGCAAGUCGGCGGAGACGGAUGAGAGCUCUAGCAAAAUGGAAGCUCCGAAAAAACGAGGUAGAAAGCUUGAGAGGAAACCGGAAGCAGUUUGCCUGUACAAGCGGGACAAGGAGGUGGCCGCCAAGAGGAAGAAUGGGGCUACGGAAGUGAAACAAGUCAAAUCUCAGCCGGCGUCUCUGCCCUUCAAAAGAAGAAAUGAGCUUCCGAUUCAUUUGAGACCUUUAUCUCCGGUCCACGGAAAGCACACCUUUACUCCGUUGAAAGUUGCAAAACAAUCACCUACCUCCCGCCCCGUGUCCUGCGAGGAGAUGAGCUGUAAGGAUACUAGCACGUCGACGGACGUGGACGACCUUAUGUCGCCCAGGUCGUCCACCUUUCGCACCCGCCCCACUACGCCCAAGAUGACGAAAAUACCCGUACCGUUCCAGUCGUACUGCGUCGGUUACUCAAAAAUCUCUACCGUCGAGCAGAAAUUCUCCAUCAUCACCGGCGGCGACGUAAAACGAUCCGAGGAGGCGAACGAGUUCGCCCGACUGCACAUGCACAUGCUCCGGGACGAGCCGAAGACGAGCGAGGAGCCGUUCGUGAACGAGAUAUGCGAAAAACGCGUCGUUCGUCCUUCGUCCUCGACCACGGGCGGUAGGUCGAUUUCUAUUGCGAAGCCGAAGGCGCAGUCGUCGGACAUCGUGUCCCGAUUCGUGCAGCCUAGUGAUCUGGUGAAGCGAAUUGAGAUGAUCAGACGUAAACUGGCCGAGGCAGGAUCGGGAAAAACCGACGUUGAACAUGGGGUUCCCCAGUCUGCGAAAAAUGUCUGUUCGUACUUCAACUUAGGUGAAAGCGGAUCAGGAAUACGGGCCCGUGGCGCCGUGCAGGAUUUCUACGAGUUACGCGACUACCACGUCGAUAACGGAACGCUGUUCGAGGAUCCCGAAUUUCCGGCCGACAGUUCCUCGUUAACGCACAACGGCCGCACGGAUCGCCACUACGAGUGGCUGAGACCCGGCGAGAUCGUCGACGAUCCUCAGCUCUUCGUUGAGGGAUAUUCGCGUUUCGACGUGCAGCAGGGCGAACUCGGCGAUUGUUGGCUGCUGGCGGCCGUCGCCAACCUGACCCUGUACAGGAGGCUGUUCUUCCAAAUAGUGCCGGAUGAUCAGGGUUUUGAUGAGAAGUACGCCGGCAUCUUCCAUUUUCGAUUUUGGCAGUACGGGAGAUGGAUAGACGUAGUUAUUGACGACAGGUUGCCCACAUACAGAGGACAACUUGUCUAUCUCCACUCAAAUGAGGAGAACGAGUUCUGGAGUGCCUUGUUAGAGAAAGCCUAUGCAAAACUUCACGGUUCGUACGAGGCGCUGAAGGGCGGUUCCACUUGCGAGGCGAUGGAAGAUUUUACGGGUGGUGUAACCGAAAUGUACGAAAUGAAAUCUAGUCCACCGAAUUUAUUUAAAAUAAUAUUGAAGGCGUACGAAAGGGGCUCCCUAAUGGGCUGCUCUCUUGAGCCCGACCCGCACGUUUUAGAGGCGGAAACCCCCGAGGGGCUAAUUCGCGGCCACGCUUACAGCAUCACAAGGGUGAAAUACGUGGAUAUUCGUACGCCGAAUACAGUAGGAAAAAUCCCACUUUUAAGAUUGAGGAAUCCGUGGGGUAACGAGAUCGAAUGGAACGGACCGUGGAGCGAUCAAUCGCCGGAGUGGCGCUUCAUUCCCGACUACGAGAAGACGAAUUUGGGCCUUACGGUCGAUCACGACGGCGAAUUUUGGAUGUCGCUGAAAGAUUUUCAAAAUCGCUUCGACCGGGUCGAGAUCUGUAAUUUGACGCCCGAUUCGUUGACCGAGGAGGAGAUCAGUCGGGGGAACAUGAAGCAGUGGGAGAUGUCCGUGUUUGAAGGGGAGUGGGUGCGGGGCGUCAGUUCGGGUGGUUGCAGAAACUUUCUAGAAACUUUCCCAUACAAUCCACAAUAUCGAAUUACAUUGACAGAGAUUGAUGACGAUGACGAAGACAAUAAGUGUACAGUAAUCAUUGCGCUAUUGCAGAAGAAUAGAAGGUCAAAGAAGCAAAGAGGCGUGGAAUUUUUAUCUAUCGGAUUCGCGGUGUUUUAUCUUUCCGACCCCAGCAGAGUUCCAAAGCCGUUGGACCUAAACUAUUUCAAGUACAAUGUAUCGGUGGCGCGGUCGCCGUCAUUCAUCAACCUUCGCGAAGUCACCUGCCGGUUUCGUCUUCCGCCCGGAACGUACUGCAUCGUACCUUCCACCUACGAGCCGAACGAGGAGGGCGAAUUUCUGCUGCGAGUCUUCUCGGAGAAGAAGAACAACAUGGAAAUGUUCGACGAUCCAGUUGCAAUUAAAGCGCCAGUCGCAACAGUGGCGUCCGCCACACCCGAGAAGCAGGCCCAGGACGAGAAGGUCGACGAGGUGCGUCAGUAUUUCAUACAGUUAGCCGGCGACGAUAUGGAGAUCGACUGGGAGGAACUCAAGGACGUUUUGGACUUUGCGACUAGAAAAGAAAUGCAGUUAGGCAAGGUUAGUGUGCGGAAUGUCGAGGCCAGUGCGGGACGUGCGGCGACCGAUUCUGGGAGCAACGUUGCCAAUUCUUUAAUAGGAUUCUUUUGUAUACCGCUUUGUAAGAAUACUCCUAUUAGCGAAAUUGUGCCUAAUCCGGUGUCUGCUUCUGUCGUUCAGACUGCUCCGCCUAAGGGUGAUGAAACUGCGAACCACGGAUUUUCCAGGGACGUCUGUAAGUCCAUCGUUGCACUCUUAGAUGCAGACCAUUCUGGCAAGCUCGGAUUCGAGGAGUUCAAGUCAUUAUGGUCACUAAUAAAGAACGCAAAGCAAAUCUUCGCCAAGCACGACAAGGAUAGCUCAGGAAGCUUGAGCGGAUUCGAACUGCGGCACGCCCUAAACUCGUGCGGUUAUCUACUCAACACCCACGUCCUCAACCUCCUGAUGCACCGCUACGGAAACAAGAAGGCCGAGAUCGCGUUCGACGAGUUCAUCCUUUGCGCUCUCAAACUGAAGACCAUGAUAGAGACCUUUCAAAGGAAGACGAAGGGCGGUGCCCAGGCGAUAACGUUGUCUUUUGACGAUUGGAUCGAGACUACCUUGUACUCUUAAAGUUGCCUUUAAAAUCGAAAGUAUACAUACUGUUCCAUUUUUGAAAUGUGUAUUUUUAUAGAUUUUGAUAAAAGUUUAUUUUAAUAUUUUACUUAAUAUAGUGAGACAUUCUUUGCCAAAGAGCCUACCAAAGCGUCAAAUUUUUUACUUAUUUUGUAAUGUUGUUGCUUUAAUGUUAAAGACUAUUGAUCUAUAACUUGUUCUGCACGAAGAAAUUGUUAAGUACUUACCUUCAAUCAAAUAAAUAUAUUCAAGUUUA